AUUCUCUCUCUCUGAGAUCCCAUUCUCCCCCUUCUCUCCCUCCUCUGCUCACCAGGAUCCUGCAUUUUUUUUGAGAGAGCAGAGGCAACGGAAGACGAACCAUAUAUAUAUAUAAAUAGAGGGAGAGAGAGAGAGAGGAGAGGAAUUGAAGAUGCAGAGAUUUCCGAUCAGAAGAGCAAUUCCGGCGAAAGAUUUACUCGUUGGGCAUCGAAGCCUCUCUCAGGUAGCUGAGAAAGAGACCUCGAAUGAAGCUUUAAUUCCCAAAAUGCCCCCAUUCGAAUACUCUCCGCCGCCCUACACCGGCCCCUCCGCCACCGAGAUAUUGCAGAAGCGCAAACAGUUUCUCAGCCCUUCCAUGUUCUACUUCUACAACAAACCUCUCAACAUUGUGGAUGGGAAGAUGCAAUACCUGUACGAAGAUAACGGCCGUAGAUAUCUUGACGCAUUCGGGGGGAUUGCUACGGUGUGUUGCGGACACUGCCACCCCGAUGUGGUCAAAGCAAUUGUCGACCAAACCAACCGCUUACAGCACUCCACCAUUCUCUACCUCAAUCCCACUGUCGUUGAUUUCGCCGAGGCACUUGCUUCCAAGUUGCCCGGUGAUCUGAAGGUUGUGUUUUUCACCAAUAGUGGGACCGAGGCGAAUGAGCUGGCGAUGAUGAUCGCUCGGUUGUAUACAGGAUGCCACGACAUCGUAUCACUGAGGAAUGCGUACCAUGGGAACGCAGCCGGGACUAUGGGGGCCACUGGGCAGUGCAAUUGGAAAUUUAAUGUUGUACAGAGUGGAGUUCACCAUGCCCUUAACCCAGAUCCAUACAGAGGAGUCUUUGGUUCAGACGGGGAGAAAUAUGCAAGAGAUGUUGAAGAUCUCAUUACCUUUGGAACUUCAGGGCAUGUAGCUGGUUUUAUUUCUGAAGCCAUACAGGGAGUGGGUGGAAUUAUUGAAUUGGCCCCGGGUUACUUACCUGCCGUAUAUAGCAGUAUUAAGAAAGCAGGAGGGCUUUGUAUUGCCGAUGAGGUUCAAUCUGGGUUUGCUCGCACUGGGAGCCAUUUUUGGGGAUUUGAGACCCAAGGCGUUGUGCCUGACAUGGUGACAAUGGCGAAGGGCAUUGGAAAUGGAAUUCCUCUUGGUGCUGUGGUUACUACUCCUGAGAUUGCAGAGGUCUUAACUCGUCGCAGUUACUUCAACACCUUUGGAGGAAACCCUGUAUGUACUGCUGCAGGACUGGCUGUUCUCAAAGUAAUUGAGAGAGAGAAGCUUCAAGAGAAUGCACAUGUUGUUGGGUCCUAUCUGAAAGAGCGCCUAACUGCUCUCAAGGAUAAGCAUGAAAUUAUUGGAGAUGUUAGGGGUAGAGGGUUGAUGCUUGGAGUUGAACUUGUCACUGAUCACCAGUUGAAAACUCCUGCAAAAGUUGAAACUAUGCAUGUGAUGGAACAGAUGAAAGAUAUGGGAGUGUUGGUUGGCAAAGGUGGGUUUUAUGGAAAUGUUUUCAGAAUCACACCUCCACUCUGCUUCACUAAAAAUGACGCAGAUUUCCUUGUAGAUGUUAUGGACUACACAAUGUCAAAGAUGUGAAGGUGCUAAUGAAGUUAGGGUUUAUAUGUACUCCCCUUGAAAUUGUAAUUGCCCUAUUUGGGUGUUUAAUUGCAUAAAGAUAUAUGUUUUGGUUCAACAGGUUGUAAUAAUAUAUCAAUCUGAAAAGUCAACACCUCGUUGUCUACCCCUCCCUCCCUCCUGGUUUUUGUUGUCCUUUUUAAGUUGCAGUACCAAUUCUUACAAAGAAAUUUCUGUCUGGAUGAGAAGUUUUGGAAAUGCUGCAUUUU